UACAUAUUCAAUACAUAUUCAAUACAACUACAACUUUCUAUUCUAAACAAUCUUAACCAUCUAUAUUACUUGCAACAAGUAUUCAACCUUCAUCAACUAUGGAUGCCCUCAAGAACUUCGCCAGCGGUAACUCGCAAAACACUAGCAACACCGGCAACACCAAUGCCCAACAGACUGGCCAGAAGAAAGAUGUCGGAGACAAGAUCGCCGAAUUCAUGAACAAGAAACAGGGAGGCAAGCUCUCCGACUCGCAACUAGAGACCGGCACAGACAAGGCUCGUGAUAUGUACGAGAAGGCGACUGGAAGCAAAGUCAACUCCAAGUUUUCCAACUAGUAACUCGUCGUUCCUUAACCGAAGAAAGUGUAUGAAGCAAUGGGCUAUCAGUUAACCUUUCCCGGAAAGAUGGUAUAUCUCUCAAAUAGAAAAUACUUAAAUAAAUAAAAAGUUCAAACUCAACAUUUGUACACCGAGACGCCGGGAACUUUCGUCGUAUAGCCAAUCAUCUUGCCCUAGUAAAUAAUCAGGCU